AUGGCGCAAGUUCAGGUCCAGGCUCAGAAUGCGAACGCAGCAGCGGCGGCUGCGGCUGCGGCGAAUGGUGGUGCGGCCAACCAGUUCGUGACGACGUCGCUUUAUGUUGGGGAUCUUGACCAGAACGUUACGGAUUCGCAGCUCUACGACCUGUUUAACCAGCUGGGUCAGGUGGUUUCGGUUAGGGUUUGCAGGGACUUGUCCACCAGGAGGUCGCUUGGCUAUGGCUAUGUCAAUUAUAGCAACCCACAAGAUGCUGCUAGGGCAUUGGAUAUGUUGAACUUCAGUCCCGUGAAUGGAAGGCCCAUUAGGAUUAUGUACUCUCAUCGUGAUCCUAGUAUCCGCAAAAGCGGGGCUGGAAAUAUAUUUAUUAAGAAUUUGGACAAAGCUAUUGAUCACAAAGCCUUGCAUGAUACCUUUUCUGCAUUUGGAAACAUCCUUUCUUGCAAGGUGGCUACAGACCCCUCUGGCCAGUCAAAAGGCUAUGGCUUUGUACAAUUCGACAAUGAUGAAGCUGCCCAAAAAGCUAUAGAGAAGUUAAAUGGUAUGCUUAUAAAUGAUAAGCAAGUUUAUGUAGGGCCUUUCCUCCGUAAGCAGGAAAGGGACGGUGUUUCUGACAAGUCAAGAUUCAACAAUGUUUUUGUAAAGAAUCUAUCAGAAUCAACUACUGAGGAAGACUUGGACAAAAUUUUUGCUAAAUUUGGAAAAAUCACUAGCGUAGUGGUGAUGCGGGAUGCAGAUGGAAAAUCAAAGUGCUUUGGGUUUGUCAAUUUUGAAAACACUGAUGAUGCUGCUAGAGCUGUUGAGGAUCUAAAUGGAAAGAAAUUUGAUGACAAGGAGUGGUAUGUUGGGAAGGCCCAGAAGAAAUCUGAAAGGGAAAAUGAAUUGAAACAACGAUUUGAACAGAGCAUGAAAGAGGCAGCAGACAAGUAUCAAGGGGCAAACUUGUAUGUUAAAAAUUUAGAUGAUACCAUAGGUGAUGAGAAACUUAAGGAACUGUUCACUCCAUUUGGGACUAUUACCUCAUGCAAGGUCAUGCGAGACCCUAGUGGAAUAAGUAGGGGAUCAGGUUUUGUUGCAUUCUCAACUCCUGAAGAGGCAAAUAGAGCUCUCUUGGAAAUGAAUGGCAAAAUGAUUGUAAGCAAACCUCUCUAUGUUGCACUUGCACAACGAAAAGAAGAUAGAAGAGCAAGGUUGCAGGCCCAGUUUUCUCAAAUGCGACCAGUUGCAAUGGCACCUUCAGUUGCUCCUCGUAUGCCAAUGUACCCUCCUGGUGGUCCAGGUCUUGGACAACAAAUAUUCUAUGGUCAAGGUCCACCUGCUAUCAUUCCUUCCCAGCCUGGAUUUGGGUAUCAGCAGCAGCUUGUUCCUGGUAUGAGGCCUGGUGGGGCUCCCAUGCCAAAUUUCUUUGUGCCAAUGGUUCAGCAGGGGCAGCAAGGGCAGCGCCCUGGUGGCAGACGUGGAGGCUCUGUUCAGCAAAACCAGCAACCAGUUCCGAUAAUGCAACAGCAGAUGCUUCCAAGGGGGCGUGUCUACCGUUACCCAUCUGGUCGCGGUUUACCUGAUGUUCCCAUGCCUGGUGUUGCUGGAGGCAUGUUUUCUGUUCCAUAUGACAUGGGUGGCAUGCCAAUGCGUGAUGCAGCACUGUCUCAACCAAUUCCAAUAGGGGCUUUGGCUACUGCUCUUGCAAAUGCUACACCGGAGCAGCAAAGAACGAUGCUGGGUGAGAAUCUUUACCCACUCGUGGAACAGCUGGAACCUGAGAAUGCAGCCAAGGUUACAGGCAUGCUUCUGGAGAUGGAUCAGACUGAGGUUCUGCAUUUGCUGGAGUCACCUGAAGCUCUGAAAGCAAAGGUAGCUGAGGCUAUGGAAGUUCUAAGGAAUGUUGCUCAGCAGCAGCAAGCUGGCAAUGCAGCUGAUCAACUUGCCUCAUUGUCACUCAAUGAAAACCUGGUGUCUUGA